AUGGCUGCUUCAAUUUAUAAGAAGAAAAAUUUUACAUAUAUUCUACCAACAUCGCCGUCUGAAUUGAUUGAAUCUACAAACUAUACACUCGACUUUGCAGCCCGUAAGUUUAUACAUAUCGGACUUGAUCCUACGGACGUAUUCAACACCGUAGUGCAAAUAAUCACACCAUCGCGAUAUAUUAAUAUACCAGCCGUCUUUCUAAGACGUAUAUUUUGCCUUAUGGGAAAUAUAUUGUCGUUUAUUUUGGAUCAACCGCAAAAAUAUAAUAGAAAUUAUUUUCUGGAAAUCGAUAUUAUUUCGCUGUCUAGUAUGGUGUAUCAAAGGGAAAAUAUGUUUGUAAUCGAGUCAAAAACACUAGCCGGAUGUCGAGUAUUGCUAAAUAGGACAGAUUUAAUGAAAUUGCAAUAUUUGCAAUGGUGUAUUGUCGAAACAGUCGCUCGAAAGUCAACCAUCAUACGACCAGUUGUAUUAAACCAAUUUGCGAUGUUUGGUAAUUAUAUUGAUCGAGAAUUCACCAAAGUUGAUUCGCCGCCAAAAACAAACGAAGAAAUGGUCCCAUUUAUCAACAAUUUAAGAGAUGAUAAAAUUAUUGGAUCCACUCCUAAACAAGACCCAAUGAGUUUCAUCAGUCAACUUAAAAUGUUUUCUUCAUAUCAAUUAGCCGAACAUUGGGCGUAA